AUUAUGGCUCUGACAAACCCUGUAGACUCCAUGCCCAUGGGACCAUGGAAGAUUACCGUUUAUGACCAGGAGUACUUCCAGGGCAGACGCAUGGAGUUCACUGCCUGUUGCCAGAAUAUCAAUGACUUUUGCAUGGAAACUGUUCGUUCCCUAAAGGUGGAGUGUGGAGCCUGGGUGGGAUAUGAGCACUCUAGUUUCUGUGGACAGCAGUUUGUUCUGGAAAAAGGAGACUACCCUCGUUGGGAGGCAUGGAGCGGCAGUAACGCUUAUCGCAUCGAGAGACUGAUGUCCUUCAGACCCGUCUACUCUGCUUGCCACAAGGACUCCCGUAUGAUGGUGUACGAGAGGGAACUCUUCAUGGGCCGACAGUGGGAGCUGUGUGAUGACUACCCCUCCCUGCAGGCCAUGGGCUGGUUCUGCAAUGAGGUUGGCUCCAUGCAGGUCCAGAGUGGAGCCUGGGUGUGCUACCAGUACCCCGGAUACCGUGGUCACCAGUACAUCAUGGAGUGCGACUGUCACGGAGGAGAGUACAAGCAUUAUAGGGAGUUUGGUUCCCAUGCUCAGACCUUCCAGAUCCAGUCCAUCCGUAGGAUUCAGCACUGA